AUGCCUCUCACAGUCCAUCAUCUUCAAGUCUCCCAAUCCGAGCGCAUCCCCUGGCUCUGCGAAGAACUCGGCAUCGAAUAUGAUCUCAAGCAAUACAAACGCUCUCCCCUCCUCGCACCCCCCGACUUCAAGUCCCUACACCCCAUGGGCGCCGCCCCCGUCAUAACAGACAACUCCAUAACCCUCGCCGAAAGCUGCGCCUGCAUCGAAUACAUCAGCCACAAAUACGCCAACGGCGCACUCUUCCUCCCGCCAACCCACCCAGCCUACGCUGAUUUUCUGUACUGGUGGCACUACGUCGACGGAACUCUUCAAACAGCGCUGGGCAGAAUUAUGUUAAUCCGUUCUGCAAAAUUAAGCGAUGAUAAUCCUGUUGUGCAGUUUGGAAAAGUCAAGUCUCGCCAGGCGCUGAAGUUGUUGGAUGAGCGGGUUAAGAAUAACGAGUGGCUGGCUGGAAAAGAGUUUACGGCUGCUGAUAUCAUGAUUUUGUUCCCGCUUACGACGAUGAGAUACUUUUCGCCGUAUAGUUUGGAGGAGUAUCCUAAUGUUUUGAAGUAUCUUGAGAGGAUUGCGGGGAGGGAGGGGUUCAAGAAGACGAUGGGCAAGAUUGAUAAUAGUAUGGAGUUGGCUAUGGGCGCGAACCCACCUCAGAGUCCUUUCAAGCUGUAA